AUGCUUAAUUACUGUUACAAAUCCGGUCUCAAAUUCUUCAACACAGCACAUGCCUAUUCCAACGGGAUCUCAGAGGAUAUUCUAGGCAAAGCAAUUAAGAAAUAUAAUUGGCGCCGCGAGACCAUUGUUAUCGCAACCAAACUGUGGGCGCCCGUCGGUCGCGGCAGCGAGCAACCGAUGGCGAUGACUGACGACGAAAAGGACAACUCUGGCUACAGGCUCGACUUGCCCUACUUCGACUUACUGCAGAUUCAUCGCUUCGAUCUCAGAACCCCCAUAAAGGAAACGAUGGAAGCGCUUCAUGAUGUCGUCAAGUCGGGAAAGGUGCAGUACAUCGGCGCCUCUUCUAUGUGGGUUCAUCAGCUCCUUGAGUACCUAUACACCGCCCGCAUGCAUGGCUGGACAGAAUUUAUCUCAAUGCAGAAUCUUCACAAUGGUAUCUACCGCGAGGAGGAACGGGAGAUGUACCCUGCGUGUGCUGAAUUUGGAAUGGGUGACAUUCCUUGGAGCCCUGUUGCAAGGGGUUUCCUAGCCCGACCUUGGCGCAAGUUCUCUACUACUACGCGUGGAGAAGGACAGGGUCAAUCUUUCCUUGGCCAGCCCAUUACAGAGGCAGAUAAAAAUAUCAACAAACAGGCCGAAAAGAUUGCUAAGCACCACCGCGUGUCGAUGACGAUUGUGGCAAUUGCCUGGUCCCUAUCUAAGCCCUUUGUCACGGCUCCGGUUCUGGGAAUGAGUAAGAAGGAGAGGGUCGAUGAAGCAGUGCGAGCUAUUUUAUUCGAACUUAGUCCCGAAGAGCUAGAUAGUAUCGAUGACAUAUAUGCGGUUAAGCAAGUGAUUGGCUAG